AGCGAGCGAGCCCCAUUCAGUCCGCCGAUUUGCCACCUCUCUCUCAUUCUUCUGCGCUCCUUUGCACCUGUGCAAGUGUGUGUUUCUUGAGCGGUGCGUGCGUGUUUGCGUGUGUGCGUGAGCGGGGCGAGUGCACUGGUGUUGGGGCAUCGGUGAGUGGGGCGCGCGCGCGCUUUUGCUUGCCGCAGCAUCGCAGUCGGCGUCGCUGCCGGCGUCGACGUUUGUUGUUUGCGCCUAACAAACACUCGCAGCGGUUUUUGUGCUGACUUUAGAUUUUAGUUUUGCUGAUACCGUAAGAGAUAAAUGACGUGCCGCGGCGAGCGACGAACAGCGGCCCAAAAACAAACAGAAGAAAACUCAUCAGCCAAAACACAAACAGAAAUCAGAAAAAAACAGAUGCAAGCAACAAGCAAAUGUUUGGCCAACAAGCAAACAUAAUGUAAUAGCUAAAUAGCAAAAUGUGUUUAAGUUUAAGCCACAAGUUAGUAUAAAAACGUCCACAAAUAGUGCAAAAAAGUUCAAAAUGUUAUAAAUUUUCAAAUGAAACAAAUACCUCAAGCGUAAGGAAGUAACGAAAAAAUAAACAAAAAAAUAAACAAACAACGAACCGAGUGCAAAAACUUAGUGCAAUUUUUAAAAACACACAAAUAAAAAACAAAGCCCCAAAAAUCAGGCAUAAGAAUCAUGUCAGAAGUGUAAGACGUUGCGUAUACGCAAUAUUUCUGAACCCAUCACGCAUUCGCCGCGUCGUGCAAAAUGAUAAUGGUGCAACAUUUGGUGGCCGCCACGGCGCACAACUUCGCCAGCCAGGCGGCAGCAGCCCUCGUCAAUGUGUCCAGCUCCAGCUCUAGUUCCAGUUCGAGUUCCUCCUCCUCCUCGCUAUCCCUGUCAUCCUCCUCAUCCAGCUCCUCGCUGUCGUCGGCCACGCCCACGCCGGUGGCCUCGCCCCUGACGCCCACAUCGCCACCGCCGGGAGCUGCCGCUCCCGCAGAAGCCUCGCCGCCAGCAGGAGCCGAGUUGCAGGAAGAGGAGCAGCAGAAGCAGCAGAAGCAGCAGAAGCAGCAGCAGCAGCCCGUGGCUAGAGAGGAUCCGGCGAUGAAUGACCAGGAAAAAGCUGAGAAAAAGGAGGAAGAGCCGGUCAAUGGGGAGGAACCAGGUGCCAUAGUUGAUACCGAGUCAGUGUUGGCGCGGCAAAGUCCAAGUCCAGUUGCGUCCACCAAAGUCCCCGAGUCACUAGAAGAGAUUUCCCCCAAGUCGCCACCCGUGAAAGACGAGGAAGAGGAGUCGGAGUCUGUCACCUCGGACUGUCGCGAGUUCAAAGUGCUCUAUAAUCACCUAAGGCAGCAGCAGCACCAGCAACAUCACGCCCCCACAUCGCCGGACAAGACGCGCAGCACCCUGGACGAUGUGUCCAAGAUCCUGUGGGAGCGCAAGCAGCAGCUUCAGCGCAGCUCUGUGAUUACCGCGGCACCCACACUGCUGCCUCCACAGCAGCAGCAGCCGAUGAGCGACAUCGAAGACGAGGAGACGCUGGAGGAUGUGGACGAUGCGGAUGCGGAUGUGGAGGCGGAUGCCGAGGACGAGGAACUGCUGGAGCAGUACCAGAAUGGCUACGACUCGCCGCUGGAUCUGUCACUAGGCAGUGCCACCAGUGCCGCGGCCUCGGCCGCCGCAGCAGCCGCUGCAGCAACGGCGGCCAAUCGCCGACGUGGACGCACUUACUCCGGGACGGAAUCCGACGACUCUGCACAAUGCGAGCGGGCGAGGAUGCGCCUCAAGCCGGAACGCAAGGCGGAACGGUCGGCGGCCUACAAGAAGAGCUUGAUGAAGCGAUACUACACUGAAAUUCCUAUUGUGAAACAAUCGACGAGCCCGGCACCGCAGCAGCAACACCAGCAACAGCAACACCUGCAGCAGCACCAGCAACAGCAGGCGCACAAUGCGACCACCUUUGCCGGCGCCACCGCUCUGCUCCACAUCAAGACAGAGCAAAAUGCCCUGCUCACACCGCUCCAGCUGCAGCAGCAACAACAGCAGCAGCAGCAGCAGCAGCACAGCUUACACGGUGCAGCGGGCAAUGGUGGCAGCAAUGGGAACGGCAACGGCAACAAUGCCCACCAGCAACAACAACCGCUGGCCAUACCACACCGCCCGCUGCUGCACAAUUUGCUCAGCGGUGGUGCUAUCCACAAUCCGCACCAUAGAAACUACACGACGGCCACAACAGGUUCAUUUCCGCCCAGUCCCGCGGACAGCGGCGUCUCCGACGUGGACAGCUCCAGUUCCGGCGGCCAGCCCUGCGCCGACGAGCUGAAGGCGCGGCUCGGGAUGCCGGCGGCCACCUCGGCGUCAGCAGCGGCCGCGGCAGCAGCGGCGGCGGCGGCAGCAGCGCACCUGCACACUGGCACCUUUCUGCAUCCGAAUUUAUACCAGAACAAUGCAGCGAAUUCGCUGCGGAACAUAUGGAAUCGCAGUGUUGGUGUGCCCGACAAUUACUACGGGAGCAGUGGCGCCGGUAGUGGGGGCGGCCAGCCAGGUGCGCCGGGAAACCCCCAAACGCCGGGCUACCUGACAACGUCCUACUUCAACGCCCCGACAGCAGCGGCAGCAGCGGCGGCGGCGGCAUCCCAGCGCGGCACCACCAUCAACGGCUAUCAUUCCCUGCACCAGCAGCAGCAGCAGCAGCAGCAACAGCAGUCGCAGCAAUCGCAGCAGCAGCAACUGGCCCACCAGCAAUUGUCGCACCAGCAGCAACAGGCAUUGCAUCAGCAACUGUCGCAUCAACAACAGCAGCAACAACAGCAACAGCAGCAGCAACAACAACAACAGCAGCAGCAACAGCAACACCCGCACUCGCAGCUAAAUCCGCACUCACAUCCGCACUCCCAUCCGCAUUCGCAUUCGCAUCCGCACGCGGGCCAGCACACGCAUUCCACAAUCGCUGCAGCGGCCGCAGCAGCAGCGGCGGCAUCCGUCGUCAGCAGCAGCAGCAGUGCCGUUGCAGCGGCGGCAAUGCUGAGCGCCAGUGCAGCGGCAGCAGCAACGGCGGCAGCGGCGGCGAACGGCUCGCAGAGCGUCAUCCAACCGGCGACGUCCAGCGUCAGCUACGAUCUCUCCUACAUGCUGGAACUGGGCGGCUUCCAGCAGCGGAAGGCGAAGAAGCCGCGCAAGCCCAAGCUGGAGAUGGGCGUGAAGCGGCGCAGCCGGGAGGGAUCCACCACCUACCUGUGGGAGUUCCUCCUGAAGCUGCUGCAGGAUCGCGAGUACUGUCCGCGCUUCAUCAAGUGGACGAACCGGGAGAAGGGCGUCUUCAAGCUGGUCGACUCGAAGGCGGUGUCCCGCCUGUGGGGCAUGCACAAGAACAAGCCGGACAUGAACUACGAGACGAUGGGCAGGGCGCUGAGGUACUACUACCAGCGUGGCAUCCUGGCCAAGGUCGAUGGCCAGCGGCUGGUCUACCAGUUCGUGGAUGUGCCCAAGGACAUCGUAGAGAUCGACUGCAAUGGCGUGUGAGAGGCGAAGGUGGACAUUUGAGGACAAGGCGGCCUGUAAAUAUAGUUCGAUCCGCAAACGGAUCGAGCUGCAAUGGCAAUAGGUUCUGGGGUGGGGUA